AUGCCUGCGUCUCGAAAGAAACCGCGUGCUGCAAAAGGCGUUAAUUUUGGACUACUUACCGACGAUACUAAAAAGCUCCAAUACUUUAAAUCUCACCUUCCAACCCGAGUAGGUGCUAUUACAGUGAAGAAUAAGAGUAUAAAGCCAGGGGAUCAAGUUAUAAUGGACAUAGUUGGUGACGACUCCGGAACCUCGACGUCCAAUGACGUCUGCAUUGCCGAGGUGUUGGAUAUCAGGAGCCCGGACUGUAACAGAACCGAGGAGCGCCGAAAAGUGCUUCAGAAUCUCCAGGAUCCGGUCAAAGCAAUCAAGAAUUUCUCGACCUUCAAAUUCGCUCCUAGGGAACUAGUAUCGUCGGAUCACAUGCAAGUUUUUUCUUCAAGCCAACUCAUUCAAAAAAUAUCCGUUCGAACAUUUCAUGAGACUAAUGCCGAGCAGCCUACAAUUAGUUCCAGUGACUGGUGGUGCCGGUAUUUUUGGUCCAUAAAGCAGCGCUGUCUUUUAUCUUACAACAAGGCUGUUUCUCCUCUAUCCACUUGUGGAAUGGGUAGUCGCUGUAUUAAGGAUCACUAUUUUGCGCCGCACCUGGAGUAUCAACGUUUCUGUACCCGAGGACUGUGCCAAAUCUGGUACCACGUAGAGUGUCUACAAAGCGGGAAGCAACAAGUCAAACUGAAACCUGGGCCCGUUGACCAACGACUUCGACUUAUGCUUCAUGGCACCCCUGGGUUCGAAUGGCUGGAGGACCCGAAUGGCGACAUCAAAUUUUUUGAGGAUAUCAAAUCGUGCAUAAGUUAUAUCCAUACUAUUGUGGAUUGUGCGCAGUACGCCGUCGUUCGGGGAAGGGAACAUGGCGUUGUAGGCAACAUUUUCAAGAUUAAGCGCGCACGCACACUCCUUUUCGAAGCUCACCAAGGUGGAUGGCCCUCUGACGCAGAGAUAGCCGAAUUCGUAUCUUGGAAGCCUCCCGUCGACACACUUUAUCGCGUCCCCACUAAUCCACCCAUCUGCUUAUACACCAUGUUCCCCAAGCUCUCCACCGCCCUCCUCAUCUUGACUGCCGCUGCUUCCGUCAGCGCUCACGGCGCCCUGGUGGCUGUCGCCGGAUCCAACGGCGUCAACGGUCAGGGCUUCGGUGUCGUCGACAGCACCCCUCGCGACGGCACUCGUCGCAAUCCCUUCCAGGUAUGCUCCCAUACACUUGCUCGUUGGUCUCCGAACGGCGCAUAUACUGACAUAUCCGACCCCCCCCCCCCACAGACGGACACAUCGAUCAUCCGUGACAAGGAGAUCGCAAGCGGCGAUGCUGGUCCGUGCGGACGCACCUUGGCCGGCGGUGUCAACGACAUGGGUGCGCAGAUGGAGGCUGCUGCGUCCGCUGGGCUUCCGUCUGCGGCCGAGGACGGGACGGUGACGAUGACCAUCCACCAGGUCAACGGCGACGGUGCUGGUCCUUACGAGUGCGGUGUAUCCGCAGAUGCAUCUGGCAAGAGCUUCGCAGCGAUGAAGGUGGUGACGAACGUGCCUGGAGAGAACUCGCGGUCGAACGCAAAGGCACAGGACUUUGCGCUUGUAGCUCAGAUGCCUGCAGGAACGACAUGCACCGGUGGGCCGAACGGAGAUGCAUGCGUGGUGCGAUGCAGGAACGCAGCUCGUGCUGGGCCGUUCGGAGGAUGCACAGCGGUGACCAACGCACAGCCUGCAGCCAAGGCCAAGCGUGAAGUCACGGUAGCAGAAGCAGAAGCAGCGCUCGCUGAAGAUCUUGAAAGGCGUUCAGGCGUUCCUGAGGUUACGGUCGCAGAGGCUGAGGCUGCACUCGCUGAAGACCUCGAGAGGCGCUCUGCUCCAGUUAACAAGAAGCGAUACCUCAAGACUCGUGUGGCCGGUGCGAGGGCUGGUGAAUGGAUCUAA